GCUGAUCGAGAACAAAUCUUAAACAGAGAGUGAGAUGAAUAUCAGCUGUAAAUGACGUUUAUCACCAUUUCCAAGAAUUGUAAUAUGUACAAUCUAUCUAACAAUCCUAGUCAAUUACGUCACGAGUGAAACUAAACAAAGUUGAUAUCAAUUAGAUGAAAAGUAACCUGUGAAGAUCACAUGUCGUAAUGAAAAGAGUGUUUACGAGUGGACCUUCAUGAAAUAAAUUAGUUGUAUUGUCUAGUCUUUGAUAAUCAACAUAGUGAUUAAAGACUAGACAACAUUUUUAUAUUUGAAAUGCAGGCAAAAUUAUUAAGUCCAUCAACCGCAAACACGACUUUCCUUGCCUGCAAAGUGCAUGUCGGAUUAUGAUAAAAGACAAUUGUUUUUUUAAUUAAACUUCACAACCAAAAGAUAACAGCCAUGGAUGAAAUUUGGUUUCGAUUAUCCAGCCAGCUUGAAGUUCUUCAGAUUGAAGGUACGGCAGCAGCUCAACAAAUGUAUCACCUUCUUGUCUCUUGGUUGUCCCAAAGCCAACAAGCAUUGCAGAGUAUGUGCAAUGAAGGAUAUGGUCAACAUCUAAAGGACUUAGGCUCCAAUAUGCUUGUAUGGAAUCAAAAAGUUUGGGAACAAAUUCAAUUUGGGUAUUACAAUGCACAAAUAAAUUCUAGAGAAUUGUACAGACAAAUAGAAAGUUUAUUUUCUGGAGAAGUAUCCAAGAGAGACGUGACUUUUUGUACAGUAGGAUUAAUUAUUGGUACUUUAAUUGGUUAUAACAUUGGUUUAAACUGGAGACAAAAUGUGAAACGGAUUCAUUAUAUGAGAGCUGUGAUUUGCCAUCAUUAUAGUGGCAUCGAAGGUGUAUCAGUAAUAGAUGAUGCAGAAGUGCCGUCCUUACAACAAUCAAACGAGCUUUUAAUUCAAGUUAAAGCAGCUUCAGUGAACGUAGUGGACGCAAAAAUAUGCUCAGGGUAUUCAAAGGCCUAUAGAAGAGUUCUAAAUUCAGGCCAACAGAAGGAGUUGCCAGUUGUUCUGGGCCGAGACUGCGCCGGAGUUGUGGUGGACAUUGGUCAAAGUGUCGUUGGAUUUGAUGUCGGAGAUGAGGUAUUCUUGGCGGUUCCCUCAUGGGCUUCUGGUACUAUGUCAGAGUAUUUAAUUGCCACAGAGAAUCAAGUGGCCAAAAAACCAAAGCUUCUAUCAUUCGAAGCAGCUGCUUGUUUACCCUACAGCGGUUGCAUUGCGUGGGAUGCUUUAGUAAACCAGUCAAGAAUUGAAGAAGGAAAUGCUAAAGGCAAACGAGUUUUAGUUUAUGGAGCAUCAACACCAGUUGGAUGUAUUUUGGUUCAACUAGUGAAGCUUUGGGGUGGCCAUGUAUCCGCUAUUUGCAAACUUGAAGCAGCCAAAGUAAUUAAAGCUCUCGGUGCCGACGAUAUUAUUCCUUUAAAUGACUGCGAUAUAGAAAAAGAGCUCGAACUUUAUGAUAAGUAUCAUGUAAUAUUUUAUACGAACGAUCGACCAAGUGACUAUUACAAAUUAAAAAGACGAGUAAUGCCAUAUGGUUCUUUUGUAUCAACAAUUCCUCAAAGCUUAGCAUCUGAUUCAUUUGGUUUUGUUUCUGGAAGCAUAUUUUCUGGAUGUAUUAGAAUAAGAUUAUUAUUUCAAUACAUGUGUGGAAGUAGUCGUUAUCAAUGGAACGAAGGCUCAAAAAUAAAACCAACUUAUUUAGAAAUUUUAAGAGAGCUUGUUGAUGCUGAUCAACUACAGAGUGUUGUAGGUGCAGCAUUCAAACCUAACCAUAUAGAACAAGCCUUAAAUCACGUGCUAAGUCCUGAUGUCAUCGGUAGUACUAUUAUUAAAUUCAAAUGACUGCCAACCUACAGUAAAUUGUUAAAAUUCUGUAAAAUUAGAUUUAAUAACGAUGAUAAUAAUAUUUGUAAUUAUUUGAUAAAUUUUCAGUCUUCUGAUAAAUAUGAUAUUUACAAAGCAAUGGUUAAUUGUAUGAGGAAUGUUACUACGUUUAUUACAUCUGUUAGAAGUUUAUUUUA